AUGCCGACCAUUCUGUGGCAUGUCGGGACGGCCAGCGUUGUCGGCUUCAACGACGCUUUGAUGGCAGCCCGAGCAACUACAAUUGUCAAAGAGCAAAUCCAGGCUGACAAACUGCCUCCGCAUCCGUUCCCACUGCCAUCUCUCCGGGACCCCAAAGUCUCGCUGGACGAGCUCAUGGCGGUCUUUGAUCUUCAACACCUUGCGGAAUGCCUGGAGUACAAGCAGUGCCAUAAGACCGACUGGGCUACCGACAAUGACCUGACGGUCGACGCGAUCUGGAGAGAGCGCUUUCGUCAGUCGCUGUACCGGGUCUUUCUCGCCGCUGCUGCCUUGACGGGCGCAUAUCAGGAGCCUUUCCUUAAGCAGACAGACGAUUGUCCGAAAUCGUUUGUCAAAGGCUAUAAAGACGAGCUUAUAGAAGACCCCGAUGUACAGAACUUUGCUGAGGUGCUCACCCCGCAAGAUUUUCGCUAUCUGCUCCAGUUUCCCGUCUACAACUUCCAGGACUAUGAAAGGCAUGACGAUACCUAUGGUCGCCUGGCAGAGUUUCUGUUCCAACUGAGCCAGGAACGAGCCUGCCAUGAGGGAAUGGAGGACAACGCCCUGGAUAGGCUUCUUUCGGACCACUCGCCAGAGGCCAGGGUCUUGUUCCACGAAACAUCGCAGCUACUGGUCGCUUUUGAGUGCCUGCAAGAGAACACUGUCCGAUCCGAACUUGGUCAUGAUGCGAUGGGUGGAACUGGCCGGAAAGCCCUCAUUGUGUCAUUGGGAUCGUUCUUCCCUGUUGAAUUCGACCUGCCACUCUGCUCUGCAAACGUCGACCCCACCGGCCUGGCAUACAAGAAUAUCACUGUCGACAAGCCCCCGGAGGUGCACUACCUCGGUCCAUUGGACAUUCUCUUGGAUCUUGUCUUCAGAGAGUCAGGCCAACCCAACUAUUACGACACCACCUGCCCUGCGCCCGCACCGCCCCUGCAAUUCUUCGAGUACAUGUACCGGAAGUAUCUCGGCCUCAGGUUCUCCAAAUCGGCGUUCGAGGAGUCCAAAUAUGCCCCAUAUCCCCGCUGGGUUGCCGACGCCAAUGUUUUUUUCGACUCGUUCCGCAUGUGGUCUGAUAGCUUUGAUGGGGCUCUUGUAGCUGACACCCCGCUGCCAGCUUUCUAUCGUCGCUAG